AUGUCGGUUCCUCAGUUCAAAGAUAUUUCCAAGGCUGCUAACAACGUGCUCGGCAAGGACUUCUACCAUGUCGCUCCUCUCAGCCUUGAGGUCAAGACUGUCGCCCCUAACGGUGUCGCUUUCACCGUUGACGGCCAGUCCAACCAGAAGACCGGCGCUCUUGCUGGCAAGAUUGAGGCUCAGUACACGGACAAGCCCUCUGGUGUUUCUCUCACUCAGGGCUGGACCUCUGCCAAUGUGCUGAACACCAAGGUCGAGCUGAACGAGGCUUUCACUCCCGGCCUCAAGGGUGAGGUCGACACCUCUUUCCUUCCCGACACUGGCGCAAAGAACGCCAAGGUUGGUCUGACCUACAAGCAGCCCGGCGUCAACGCUCACAUCUUGCUUGAUGCCUUCAAGGGUCCUGGUGUCACCGGUGACGUUGUCUUCGGCCACGGCGGCUUUGUCGCUGGUGGUGAGAUUGCCUACGACGUGUCCAGCGCCAAGAUCUCGCGCUUCUCUUCCGCUAUUGGCUACCUCCACCCCGCCUACUCUGCCACCGUUGCCGCCACCAACAACUUCAACGUGUUCUCGGCUGCUAUCUGGCACAAGGUUGACCCCAACACCGAGAUCGGUGCCCGCGGUACUUGGGACGCUGCUCAGCCUUCUUCUGCUGGUGUUGGCAUUGAGGCUGCCGUCAAGCACAACCUUGACCGCAGUGCCUUUGUCAAGGCCAAGCUCAACAACCAGGGUAUUGCUUGGUUGUCCUACUCUCAGGCCCUCCGCCCUGGCGUCACCAUGGGUGUUGGUCUUCUUGCCGACACUCAGCGUCUGAACGAGUCUGCCCACAAGGUUGGUCUUUCUCUCAAGUUCGCUGCUUAG